GUUUCCACACGGUGUUGCUACGAUUGAGUUUUGUAAUAUCGCACUGAAUGCGUCUGAAUCUGGGAUAGAAUUGUCGUUUGACGGACAAGUUGAAAACUGGACGGAAUUCGGUGACCGUGUGCUGUGAUUUUGUUCAGCUGUGAUGGCGACCGAGAAGAAUGGAGUCGAUAAUCAUGGCCGUACGGAUUCCUAUCGAGUGGCGACCAUACCGGCUGUGGACGAUAACAAAACGGCCGAUGGUAGAUACAAGUCACGAAGGAAAAUCAAGAAACAGAGGAAAGCAGACGAUUUAGAUGACUUAAAACAAGAAUUAGACAUCGAUUAUCAUAAGAUUUCACCUGAAGAACUUUAUCAAAGAUUUCAAACUCACCCUGAAAAUGGCCUCAGUCACGCAAAAGCGAAAGAAAACCUCGAACGGGACGGUCCAAACGCCCUCACGCCCCCCAAACAAACCCCCGAAUGGGUGAAAUUUUGUAAGAAUCUAUUCGGUGGUUUCGCCCUAUUAUUAUGGAUUGGUGCUAUACUUUGCUUCAUAGCAUAUUCUAUCCAAGCCACUACUGUAGAAGAACCAGCUGAUGAUAAUUUAUAUCUUGGCGUCGUAUUAGCUGCCGUUGUUAUCGUUACAGGUAUAUUUUCAUAUUAUCAAGAAAGUAAAAGUUCGAAAAUUAUGGAGUCCUUCAAGAACAUGGUACCCCAGUUCGCGACUGUACUUAGGGAAGGAGAAAAGCUCACCCUCCGUGCAGAGGACUUGGUACUCGGUGACGUGGUCGAAGUGAAAUUCGGCGAUAGGAUCCCAGCCGACAUCAGAAUCGUCGAAUCGCGAGGUUUCAAAGUUGACAAUUCCUCAUUGACUGGCGAAUCCGAACCUCAGAGUCGUAGUCCCGAAUUCACCCACGAAAAUCCAUUGGAAACCAAAAAUUUAGCAUUCUUUUCUACGAACGCUGUCGAGGGCACUGCCAAAGGCGUUGUUAUAAGUUGUGGCGACAAUACUGUAAUGGGCAGAAUAGCCGGUCUCGCCUCCGGUCUGGACACUGGCGAAACUCCCAUUGCCAAAGAAAUCCACCAUUUCAUCCAACUCAUCACUGGUGUAGCCGUAUUUUUAGGAGUUACAUUUUUCAUCAUCGCAUUCAUCUUAGGAUAUCACUGGUUGGACGCUGUUAUCUUCCUUAUCGGUAUCAUCGUGGCCAACGUACCAGAGGGUCUACUGGCUACUGUAACUGUAUGUUUAACACUUACUGCGAAGAGAAUGGCUUCGAAGAACUGUCUGGUGAAGAAUCUGGAAGCCGUUGAAACUCUGGGAUCAACUAGCACGAUAUGUUCGGAUAAGACUGGAACCUUGACACAAAACAGGAUGACUGUAGCGCAUAUGUGGUUCGAUAAUCAAAUUAUUGAAGCAGAUACCACAGAGGAUCAGUCUGGUGUGCAGUACGACAGGACCAGUCCAGGUUUCAAGGCCUUAUCUCGAAUCGCCACUCUGUGUAACAGGGCCGAAUUCAAACCAGGUCAAGAUAAUGUACCAAUAUUGAAACGUGACGUUAACGGUGACGCUUCUGAAGCAGCCUUGCUCAAAUGUAUGGAAUUGGCUCUUGGUGACGUCAUGUCCUUCCGUAGGAAGAACAAGAAAGUUUGCGAGGUUCCAUUCAAUUCGACAAAUAAAUACCAAGUUUCCAUCCAUGAGACCGAAGAUAACAGCGAUCCUCGCCAUCUGAUGGUGAUGAAGGGGGCGCCUGAGAGGAUAUUGGAAAGAUGCAGCACGAUAUUCAUCUGCGGAAAGGAGAAGGUUCUCGAUGAAGAGAUGAAAGAAGCGUUCAACAAUGCGUACCUGGAACUAGGAGGCUUGGGCGAGAGAGUGCUGGGUUUCUGCGACUACAUGCUGCCCAGCGACAAGUUUCCGCUCGGUUUCAAAUUCAAUUCGGACGAUCCCAAUUUCCCAAUUGACGGUUUGAGAUUCGUCGGACUGAUGUCGAUGAUCGAUCCUCCAAGGGCGGCCGUACCUGACGCCGUCGCCAAAUGUCGAAGCGCCGGAAUCAAGGUCAUCAUGGUGACUGGAGAUCACCCGAUCACCGCCAAGGCCAUCGCCAAAUCCGUUGGAAUUAUAUCGGAAGGAAACGAAACUGUGGAGGAUAUCGCUCAAAGGCUCAACAUCCCCGUUUCCGAGGUUAAUCCGAGAGAAGCCAAGGCGGCUGUUAUUCACGGUUCCGAUUUGAGAGACCUGUCAUCUGAACAACUGGAUGAGAUUCUCAGAUACCACACCGAAAUUGUGUUCGCCAGGACUUCACCGCAACAGAAGCUUAUCAUCGUCGAGGGUUGCCAGAGAAUGGGAGCUAUUGUAGCUGUAACUGGUGAUGGUGUCAACGACUCGCCUGCUCUCAAGAAGGCCGACAUUGGUGUUGCUAUGGGUAUAUCUGGCUCUGACGUGUCGAAACAGGCAGCUGAUAUGAUACUCCUCGAUGAUAAUUUCGCUUCGAUCGUCACUGGAGUAGAAGAGGGACGUCUCAUAUUCGACAAUUUGAAGAAAUCUAUCGCCUACACUCUAACCUCCAACAUUCCCGAAAUAUCCCCCUUCCUUGCGUUCAUCUUGUGCGAUAUCCCCUUGCCUCUUGGUACUGUUACCAUUCUCUGCAUUGAUCUUGGAACUGACAUGGUACCAGCCAUUUCAUUGGCUUACGAAGAAGCAGAAUCAGAUAUUAUGAAGAGACCACCAAGGGAUCCAAUUCAUGAUAAAUUGGUCAAUUCUAGGCUGAUCUCCAUGGCUUAUGGACAGAUUGGUAUGAUUCAAGCUGCGGCCGGGUUCUUCGUUUACUUCGUCAUAAUGGCUGAAAAUGGUUUUCUGCCAACGAAAUUAUUCGGAAUCCGUAAGCAGUGGGACUCCAAGGCUAUCAACGAUCUAACAGAUUCGUAUGGUCAGGAAUGGACUUAUCGAGACAGAAAAACCUUGGAAUACACCUGCCACACUGCAUUCUUCGUUUCAAUUGUUGUCGUACAAUGGGCCGAUUUGAUCAUUUGCAAAACUCGACGUAAUUCGCUGAUCCAUCAGGGAAUGAGAAACUGGGCAUUGAACUUUGGUCUCAUCUUCGAAACUGCUCUUGCUGCAUUCUUAUCAUACACCCCAGGCAUGGAUAAGGGUCUUCGUAUGUUCCCAUUGAAGUUUGUGUGGUGGUUACCUGCCAUCCCCUUCAUGUUGGCCAUUUUCAUUUAUGAUGAAACGAGGAGGUUCUACUUGCGUCGUAAUCCAGGAGGCUGGUUAGAACAAGAAACCUAUUACUAGACAAACAUCAUGACACUGCCAAUAAAACAGGUGGACGAAGAAGCUUGUGAUGUCCGGAUCCAAAAUCAACACAAGCUUUUCCUCUCACCCAGUGUUGUACAAAUCCUGUUGCUAAUUUUUAGUACAUCAGUUGCUUGAGCAAACUCAACGUACGUACCAAGCGCGCGUGAAUAGAUGGCACUGCAUUUACCCACUCUCUUCGUUGUGCUUGGAUUUUCGCGCGCGUACCGAUCGUACAUUGGGCAGAGUUACUAUGUCAACCCUGCGCCAUUUUGGGUCGAUAGACAACGCAAUGGGUUUAAACAUUCCAUUAACAAGUUGCCUUAGCGCCUUCUGUUUAUCUGUUCAAAACGGAAGGGACUUGGCGAGGCAUUAGCGUUGAUGUAAAUGAACGAGUUAGUAUUAUUUAUAGGCUUUUAAUUCUUAGGUUAGCUAGAUUGUAAAUGUGCUGUUACAUCGUGUUAAGUGUCAUAAGAGUCGUGCUCAAUAUACAUGACUAUUACCUUCACGAUUUAAACGUUUGACAUUCAUUAUGUUUGUUUGUAUAUAAUUUUAUCCAUGCAAGCAGUUCCGGGGAUUGGUGUUGUUCCCUACCAAAUUAAUAUUACUGUUACUGAUUGCAAAAUUACGAACAAAACCAAUUCACUUUCUGGUUAAUUGUUAAAUGAUAAUAUUUUAGUCUUAAAGUCAUAUUUGGAAGGUUUGCUUUCGUAGAGCCCUAUUUUUUAUUAUAAGGAUCGUCUGGCGCUGGUCUGAGACCAGCCUAACUGGAAUAUUGUUAUAUUGUAAAUAUUUUUCAGUCAUCACUUAAUUGAUUUGCUUGUGUUUUUUCCACCUUCAUGUUUCAUUAGUAUAUAUAACAGAGAUGUAAAAAUUUGGGUUUUAAUAAAAUGGAUAAUAGUAUAUUACAGAAA